UUUUAUGAAUUGAGUCUACAAUGGAAAAAGUCUGGAUACAUAAUGUGAGAGAACAUAGAAAGAGGGAGAGGAAGAGAGAGAUGGAGGAGCAAACAGUGACAUUAUAUACCCCAACAUUUCGUUUGCAUUUAAAUGCUGCAUAUGAAGAUGAUGGUGAGCAAAAUAAAUUGAGAGGCCUUCGGCUUACGUGAAUUCAUGUCCACGUGAUCAUGAGGGGGUUUAACAUGUAGGUUAAAACAUUAGGUUAACACAAUCAUGCCAAACCAUUGAACGGAACUAUUAUAUCCGUUGAGUGAUUCAUGCGUUUCCUGCAAAAAUUGGAAAUAUCCGAUCGAUAUUUCGCAAUACGCACUGCACCUCCUUUUAAAUUGCGUACACGCAAACUGUAAACUGCUAUACUACAUCGUUUUCCUGUAUGGUAGAGAAGUCCUCAUCGUAACGGGAUAAUACAGCAAAUUAUUCGUUAAUUGCUGCCAUUUGCUCCUUAUCAUGGCGUCCAAGUUCCCAGCAGGGAGAGAUGAAAAGGUCAAGCUACGCCCUAGAAAAGAUCAUGACAUGACAUGGUCGUGUGACAAACAUGGGGAGCCAAUCAAAUUUUACUGUAAAGAACACAAAAUCCCCGUUUGUCAUCCAUGCGCUACAAAAGAUCAUAAGCCAUGUGAGCUAGACGACAUCGAGGAUGUCAUCUUGGAGAGGAGGAGGAAACUGGAUGACAGACAGCAAGAGAUAGAGGAAAUGAAGAAACAAUUGAAAGCGCUUGAUUCUAAACUAGAGUCCAAUGAAACCUCUGCAAGUAACCAUGUUCAAUCAGUCAACGAUGAAAUUAAGGUGGCAUUCGAAGACAAAUUGCAGAUUGUGAAAAACAAAGAGAAACGAUCGAUUCGUUCGAUCGACGAGAAGGCGGAUAAAGAAAUCCAAAUAAUUAACGAAAAGAGGGAAAGACGAAUCAAAUCAUGUCACGAAGAAGCAGAACAACAACAACUAACCAUCAAAGAAAGCCAAUCGAAAUUAGAAUCAGAGACAAAGGCAAUCAGCGAGGUGGUUGCUAAAAAGAUAAAAGAUCUCACAAGUAAGAAUCAGCAUGCAAUCACCAUUAUGGAUAAUGUUGACGCCAAGAUCAAAAGAAUCAAACAAGAUGACAAAACAUUAGUGAAUGAAGCUCCUCAAGUACUUGCAUCACUUGAUGGCAAUUUAAGUUUGAUUGUUCAUCAAGAUGUUAGCGACUAUCUUGCCCGAAUACUGCGGGGGGUUCAGAAAGUAGAGUUUGUCGAGGGUGAGGUAGGUGGGGAACACUACGGGAGAAUCAAUGGCUAUAUCGGUAAAUGGGAGCUUGUCAAGUCAAUCCCCAUUCCUCCGAUUGUUGAAUUCCCUGAGGUGUGUGGUUGGAUCAGUGAUGAUGAGAUAUGUGUGUGGGACCGGGGGUGGUUUUUAACUCACCAAUCCUGGUGGGACUUAGAUAGUAAUGCAACGUAUGUUACAAAUAUCAGCACUGAACACACAAAGAAAGUCAUUGAAGGGGGAAGUAACGUGUAUAUUACAUCAUGCGCGUCCAUAGACAGCAACGUAAUAGUAUGCGGUAAGGGGAGAAAAGACUACACAGGUGACAGCUUGGAUGGAUGCAUCACUCUCUAUGACAGACAAUGGGAGGUGAUUAGAGACAUCACCAUACCGAGGAAUAACCGCUCUAAUCAGGGAGUUGGGAGAGUGUACGUUGAUGUUGACAGGGAUGGGAUGAUCCUCGCUGCUCAGAACAAUCAGUCUAAUAUCUACGUCAUCAACCCUGCUGAUGGUAAGAUAGUCAAUACUAUUACGAUGCAGGGCAAGGUGGUGAUGGGUAUGAUACAAGCCUUGUCAUCAGGUGAUAUCACUAUGACGACAGUCGAGCGUAGUGAAUUCACUAUCAUAUCACGAUCAGGUGAAGCGAAAGUUGUCUUAAACUCUGAUGAGUGGUUUUAUCCACAGUGUCACGUUGACAAACUGACAGACACACUCUACAUCACAUACGUGGAUAGCAAGCGUAGGACCUUCGCAGUUGAUCAGGUGUCAUGUGAUGGCAUCAUCCAGGCCACGAGGAUCGUGGAACGCGAGGAAGGAAAACGGAACGUCGACCUUUACACCAGCCAAAUCCUCGUAACUCCUUCUGGUAACCUUGUAGCUUGUGACACUUUUGAUAUUUGUGUUUACAAGAAGAUAUUUAUUUUAUGAGUCAUCUGAAGUAAUAGAUGUAAUUACUCAUACUGCAGGAUUAAUUAGCCUAAACGGAAUAUAUGAUUAUUCGAUUGUUCAUUAAACUUAAUCGAAGUUAAACCAUUUGUAUUUUUAACUAAGGAAUACGUUUUUUUUUACAUAUGGAAUACUAACGAAAACAAAUUUGUUUAUGUUGUUUCGAAAUCUUGGUGACUUCUAAGAAGUUGUUUACACCAUACCCGUAAUAAAAUUAUUGUUUAAAUUUCAAACCGUACAUGAUAAUUUUAUUUCUUAAUAUAUUAAUUGAAAUUGGAAUCACAGUAAUUUAUGAACGGGGUAGGUACAUUAUGUUUGAAGUAAGCCGGGUAAACGUUAUCUUAUGUUUGUGGAUAAUCUUUAUUUACGAUUAAUCUUGAUUUAAUAAAUUCUUCUUCUUUUUACUCCAAUGUGGACCAAUAUGCCAUGUAUAGAAUUUAAAAAAAUGAUUAAGAAAUGAAUACUCGUUCUAACAGAGAAAGACAAAAAUACAUUUAUCGCUUGUCGUUGGUGCACAAUAUAUUUAGAUCGAUAUGAAGUCUCAAUAGGCUUAGCUACUUUCAAACAGUGAGGGAAUGUCAUAUUAACAAAU